AACAGCAACGGCGUUGGUUGGCAGCGGACUACCGAAAACAAACGAUCGGGUGAGACGGUGUGCUGUGACUAUCUGUCCGUGUAGUCUUCACCGGUCCUCACACACAGCUACACACACACAAACGCGCGCAGUAGCCUACUGCCAAAUCGUGCGGUCUCUCACGCGCAUACUCUCUGCUUGCCAGACAGAUACAGAAGCAAUGGGAGACAAUUACUGAGGCAACCACGGAGAGAUACACACUGAGACCGACUAUGGCUGUGGACGCAGCGUCCAGCUUCAGUUUCUGCCGUGCGUCCCUGGAGCACACAGUGUCUGUAGAGGAGCUCAGCUACCAGCUGCCUCGUCGGCCAGGGGCCAGUCUGACCUGGCACGAUGGGAGGGGGCAGAAGAACACACACACCGUCAAACUACUGCAGCAGCCUGGCACAGAGGGCAUACAGCUGCGUCCAGGCGAAGCCUUCACUGUGUACCACACCAGCCCUACUCUGUCCAGUCUGUCCAAACCAGUGGUUCUGUGGACCCAACAGGAUGUCUGCAAGUGGCUGAAGAAACACUGUCCCCACAACUACCUGACCUACGUAGAAGCCUUCUCCCACCAUGCUAUCACAGGUCGCGCAUUGCUGAGGUUGAACGGGGAGAAGUUGGAGAGGAUGGGCAUUGUCCAAGAAACAUUGAGACAGGAGGUUCUACAGCAGGUCCUUCAGCUACAAGUCAGAGAGGAGGUCCGCAACCUGCAGUUGCUCAGCAGAGCCUCCUUUGGAAACAUCUCUUAGCUCAUCCCUCCGUCCGUUUGGCAGCCCUCACUCUCCUCUGCUAUUUCCAGUAGCCAUGGAAGGACCUGCUCACUCCAGAUAUGUGAACGCAGAAUAGGGCUGUGAGAGGAGGGGAGAAAGGAGGGGAGAAAGGAGGGGAGAGAGGACAGAAAAGAAGAGAGAAGAGGAGCCUUUAGACUACAUGCCAAACACACUGAAGGAGGUUUCCCAUUCAACAAGGCCAAACUGGUUUAAAUGAUGAGAGAGAGAGAGAGGGAGAGAGAGAGAGACAGAGAGAGAGAGAGAGAGAGAGAGAGAGAGAGAGAGAGAGAGAGAGAGA